ACUGGGUUGGAGCUGGGAGGUCGGGUCGCGGGUGGCUCCGGUCCCGCGUCCAGGUCUUCGCGCUUUGUGUCUGCGAGGUCGCGGCCCAGGCCGCCAUGGCGCUGCGUGCGGUCGUGUUCGACCUUGAUGGAGUGUUGGCGCUGCCCUCUGCCAUCGGCACCCUCGGCCGCGCGGAGGAGGCCCUGGCGCUGCCCAGAGGCUUCCUGAAUGACCCUUUUCUGAAGGAAGGCCUGGAUGGCCCCAUUGCUCGCCUCAUGAAAGGACAGAUCACGUUUUCCCAGUGGGUGCCACUUAUGGAAGAAAACUGCAGGAAACGCUCAGAAGCUUCUGGAAUCCGCCUCCCCGAGAAUUUCUCUAUAAACGAAAUCUUUUGCAAGGCGAUAUCAGCAAGAAACAUCAACCGCCCCAUGCUUCAGGCAGCUCUUGAUCUCAGAAAGAAGGGGUUUGUGACCUGCAUCCUCACCAACAACUGGCUGGAUGACAGCGCCACGAGAGACAGCCUGGCCAAGCUCAUGUGUGAGCUGAACCCACACUUCGACUUCCUGAUAGAGUCCUGUCAGGUUGGGAUGGUCAAGCCUGAGCCUCAGAUCUACAAGUUCGUACUGGACACCCUGAAGGCCAAGCCCAGCGAGGUGGUUUUCCUAGAUGACGUCGGGACUAAUCUGAAGCCGGCCCGUGACUUGGGAAUGGUCACCGUCCUCGUCCACGACACCAACACUGCCCUGAGAGAACUGGAGAGAGUCACUGGGACGCAGCUGCUCCACUCUGUGGCCCCUCUGCCGACCCCCUGCAGCCCAAGUGACGUGAGCCAUGGGUACGUGACAGUAAAGCCUGGGGUCCGUCUGCAUUUCGUGGAGCUGGGCUCCGGCCCUGUGGUGAUCUUCUGCCACGGGUUUCCUGAGAGCUGGUUCUCUUGGAGGUACCAGAUCCCUGCUGUGGCUCAGGCGGGUUACCGGGUUCUGGCUGUGGACAUGAAAGGCUAUGGAGACUCGUCCUCCCCUCCAGAAAUAGAAGAAUAUGCCAUGGAAGUGUUAUGUAAGGAAAUGGUCACCUUCCUGGAUAAGCUGAUCUACAGGGUGCAUGGGAGGAGAGGAGCUGAGAGUCUGCCCUCGGCGCGGUCUCAGCUCCGAGGACGGAAUUGGGUUUGCAAGUGUCGUGUGUGAUGGAGACCUCUAAGUGAGCAUGGCCUAGUGCGGCUGCCCAGACCUCACAGUUCUGAAGGUUGGAAGUCCAAGCUCAAAGGGUCAGCAAGGUUGGUUUCUGACUCUCUGUGACUUCUCACUACAAAACUUCCAGCUGUCUGAGAACAUGUCCAACUGUGGAAAGAGGGGCUUGUGGUUACAGGUCAGUGGAAUCAGACGUCCAUCUUUGGGUCAUUGCUAGGACAUGCAGCAAGGAAUCUGGGCCACCUGCAGACCAGGUGGGCCUCUGCCUCCCACGGGAUGGUAGCUGAAGUGGUUGAAACAGAUGAAUUCUCCACUGUGGACAGUGUCCAUUCAGAAGGAGGGUCCUGACAGCCGAGUUGCAAAAUACUUGCCCUUGAGAGGCACAGGAGAGAGCAGAGCCAGGGGCACGCGAGGCUGGAAGGCUCAGCACCACGAAGCCAUGGGAAGGCAGUGGCAGAGGAAAUGUCUGAGGCUGCAGAAGAGCAGGGAGCUUGAGGAGGGGAAACCCACACCCCACCGUUGCUGGUGAGCAGUGGCCUUCAGUGGGAGGUGGCACUGGACUUGGGGAUGAAGUCAAGCUUUGGGGACUUAGAUGGUGCUUAGGGAGACAACUGGUGCAAACCACCGUGAGAAGUUUGAUGAUGUGAAGAGCACGGCAGGGACUGUACCUAGGAACCACCAAGGUGGGGAGGGUCUGAACGGCCCUGAGGUGGCCAACUGGGGCAGCAGCUGGGGUAGAGGAGAGAGCCUGGUGUAUUUGAGGGUGGGAGCCCAGGUUCCCUUUGUGAAAUGGGUAUUGAGAUUAGUGGAGGGGUUCCAGUCGGUCAAGACCUAGCAUGUCGUAGUAGGUGCUCAUUAGAGGGGAGCUGUUAUCAUCAUCAGCAAAGCAGAAGGGAAAGGGGAGACAGAGAUGCUCUUGGACUGGAAGGAGCACUCCCCAAAGAGCGAGGGUGGAAUCGUAAUCUGUGAAAUGUGAACGUGAAACCUGGGGAGGGAGGGUGUACUCCCACUAGGAGAGACGGAGGAAAAGGGGGAACGCAGUCGGAUUGCGAGAAGGUGAUGAGAGAGAAGGAGCUCGUGGCCAGCGGCCUCAGUCUUCUAAGAGAAUAAAACAGGCCAGUUGGAGAGAGGGUGUGGGGGCUGGAGAUAUAUAGGGAUGGAGGAUUGAGGAGGGUGAACGUUGUGGAGAAGCUCUCCAGGGGUCUGUGGAAAUC